AUGGCGAAGCGCAGCAAGCUACCAGUCCUCCCUUCCCGAUCACAGGCUUCCUUAGCCUUCACGGACACGAAGCGGGAAAACAGCAGUAACCCCCUACUCCCCACGCCAUCAACCGUCUUCACCUCAGAGACUCACCCGCAGCAGCAACAGCCACCAGCAGCUGCGUCGCAACAGCAACAGGGGCAGGGGCGGGGACGGGGCUGGGCAAAGGUCCCAGGACGAACUUCUCGGGCCCCGCCCCCACCCGUGCGUCAUAACGUUAACGCCCCGCCUUCAGCGACGUGCGCUCAGGGCCUCCUGGGACUGGUAGUUCUGUCUGGCCCGAGAGGAGAAGGACAGACGUGGAAGGAGCGCCUAGGGGGCCUCGCUUGCCUCCGGCUCCUGCAGCCUUGGGAGUUCCGCACCAGCGGCUCACCCCGAGGCACUUGGAAUCCGCCUCUUUCCCCUAGAUGCAACCAUGCAGAUUCUCUGAACAGUCUGAACAACUCCUUUGAAGUCCAUGCCUUCUGCCAAGAUGGGCUUGAUGAGGCACCUGGUCCUGGAGAUGGUGAUGGUGGUGAUGAUGGGGUGGGGGAUUCCUCCUAUACCCAAGAGGCUGUUUCUGUGAGGAGAUGCGACUGGAGCUGGAAUCCAGCUUCACUUCUUCGCUCGCGCUGGUUCUCGAGGGCUCUGCGUCCUGGCGUCUCCCGGGACAACCCUCGGUCUCUCCCCAAUGGGAAGAAGAGGGCGGUUAAUUUAUUGGGAAGGGCGGUCAGGAAAAAGGGCCAAUCUAGAGCUCGAGAUCUGGCUCAUUCAAAAGCCAAGCUCCGGCCCACCCGAAGUUGCGGCGACAGCACAGUGGGUUUGGGGCUGGCGAUGGGGCGCAACGACAACCUGCAGCCCUUGGAGUGGGGGAGGGAGGCUGCGUCCACUUUGACCGAGAGCGAUACGGACAGCGGAAUGGGGGCGAGCGGAGGCACGAAGAACCGUGGGUGUGUGAGCAGGGAAGGGAAUGUAAAAGGGGUCCCCAUUAUUGAUUUGAGAGAGUCCAUCUUGGAAGAAGAGGAAAGGGGAACUCCAUCCCCAGAUAUGCCUCAGUUCCUGGCCUUGGAAGAAGUGGAACUGGGAGAGUCAGAUGACAGAGAGGACAUCUCUGUAGAGGGGGAAGCAAGAAGGCAUGUUACGCUGGCUUUUGUUGAGAAAGAUCCUGUGGCAUCCUUGCAGAAGUGUUCUCAGCAUCAUAACAAGAAGAAAAAGAGAAGGAGAUGAUUGGUGAUCAAUCUAUCCAGUUGCCGAUAUGAGAGUGUUCGUCGGGCAGCCAAGCUUUAUGGCUUACGUGAGGGAGGAGACCAUGAUGACUGGACCCUUUAUUGGACAGACUUCUCAGUUUCCCUGGAUCGAGUAAUGGAAAUGAAGAGUUACCAGAAGAUCAACCACUUCCCUGGAAUGAGUGAAAUCUGCCGAAAGGACCUGCUGGCCAGGAAUAUGAGUCGUAUGAUAAAGCUUUUCCCUAAAGAAUUCCAUUUUUUCCCUAAAACGUGGUGUCUUCCGGCAGAUUGGGGCGAUUUGCAGAACUAUAGCAGGUCAAAAAAAUUUAAGACCUUUAUCUGUAAGCCGGACUCCGGCUGCCAAGGGAAAGGUAUAUUUGUUACGCGGUCUGUGAGAGAUAUCAAGCCAGGAGAAGAUAUGAUCUGCCAGCUCUAUAUUUCAAAGGAUGAUAUAUGCAUGCACCUGACUAACUAUUCUAUCAAUAAACACAGUUCUAAUUUUGUACGGGAUGGAAAUUCUGGCAGCAAAAGGAAGCUCUCCACCUUCAAUGCCUACAUGGACAAACUUGGCUGUGACACUGUGAAGAUGUGGCGAGAUAUUGAAGAUAUAAUCAUCAAGACCUUGAUUACUGCUCACCCUAUAAUUAAGCACAACUAUCAUACCUGCUUCCCCAAUCACAUCAUGAAUAGUGCUUGCUUUGAAAUUUUGGGCUUUGAUAUCCUGCUGGACAGAAAACUUAAACCCUGGCUUUUGGAGGUUAAUCACUCUCCAAGCUUCUCCACCGACUCCCGGUUAGACAAAGAAGUCAAAGACAAUCUGCUGUACGACACCCUGGUCCUGAUCAACCUGGGAGCCUGUGACAAGAAGAAAGUCCUAGAGGAAGCGAGGCACAGGGCAAGGUUUCUGCAGGAUAUCCGUUCCAGGGAGAUCAGGGUUGAGGAAUUAAAGAAUUACCAGGCUGCAUGGCUGGAGAAAAUAGAACGUUAUGAGAAGGAAAAAAGUGGCGGCUUCCGGAGGAUUUAUCCUGAGUGUGGUUCUGAAAAGUAUCAGAAAUAUUUUCAUCACAGCAAUUCACUCUUUCAAAACACAGUGGCCUCCAGAGCCCGGGAAGUGCACGCCCGGCAGCAGAUCCAGGAAUUACGGCUGAAGCAGGAGAAGAAAGCCUUCUGUCCUAAGGAAAAGAAGAAUGAACUUCAGGGUGAAUCAGCGGGCGAUGGGACCAGGGUGUCUCUCCCAAAGGAGACAAAACAAAGAGCUCCUGCGUACAGCGCCAGACAACUCUCCACUUCCUCCAUGUUGCUGCCCUGUACAUCCAUCUUGGUCCCAAAGUCAAAGUUGAAGCCAAAGAAAAAUGAAAAAGAGUCUUUGAAAUGCAUAGAACCCUUCACCUCCUAUGAGGAGACCCUCAAGCAGGAGACCAAUGCCACCUUUCCGGAGAAAGCUGGCGUGUGUCACUACAGCUCUGUGCCUGACCUUAGGAGGACACUCUUCACAGAAAAGCAGGAGCCCUGGAAACACAUCUCUGCAAAUGCUGAAGGAUCCAAGUCGUUCUCUGAUCUUCUUGCUUUGGUGGAAACCAGUGACUAUCCCCUACACUCCCCAGAGCCAUUGCCAACUCUGAGCACAUCCACCAGGCCCAUGUCAACUCACUGCAUCCACUUAGAGGUAGACAGUCCCCUUGAGGUAUUCUUCAGGUCACAGAAGUUUACCCAGAACUCCUGCCAAGAGAAAGGGCCCUCUUCCAUCAGGCCUCAGGGCCUGUGGUGCGACCUGCCACCAAACGUGAACCUCUCCAGCCCUGAGGGCAUCAAGAAGGAGUUCCUCAUGACCAAGUUGAUUAACAGGAUCCCCCUGGGGGCACCAUUCUCCUUCCCAACCAACUUCAACCCAAAGCUGUUCCUGAACAAACAAAAAAGUGAGUUAAUGAUGUUGAUUUUUGUCUUUCCAGAAGCUGCCACCCAGCACCGUGGCUGCAGGAGCCAAAGUUCCAUAGAGAAGAAAUCUCUGGAGGGCACCACCUUACAACUGCUCUUCCAAAGGCCAAAGAGCCUGCAGAUGCCUAAGAGGGAACUGCUGGUGAUAGCCACACCAGCUCGACUUGAUCCAAGGCCUCCCAAAACCAGCAAGAUUAUAGGGAGGGAUCGCAGUGGUGGGCAAGACCGGGCACCAUCCAGGGGCUCCCCAUCCUCCAGCAAGGAAGCUACCUAG